AUGUUCUACUCCGAGACUCUUCUUUCAAAGACCGGGCCAUUGGCCCGUGUCUGGCUCUCCGCCAAUCUAGAACGAAAAUUGUCUAAAUCGCAUAUUCUCCAGUCGAACAUCGAGAGCAGCGUCAAUGCCAUUGUCGAUCAGGGACAGGCACCUAUGGCUCUGCGACUCAGCGGUCAGCUUUUACUGGGUGUUGUGCGAAUCUACAGCCGGAAAGCACGCUAUCUGCUGGACGAUUGCAACGAGGCGUUGAUGAAAAUCAAGAUGGCAUUUCGUUUGACCAACAACAAUGAUCUUCCUACUAAUGUGACAUUGCCGCCGGGCGGUAUCACUCUUCCUGAUGUACUCACUGAAUCGGACUUGUUCAUGAACUUGGAUACUUCUUCGCUUCUACUCCCUCAGUCUCUGAAUCAGGAGCCGGAGGGUAAGCGACCGGGUUCCGUUGAUUUUGGAAGUCAGCUGUUGCCAGACAGCAGCACCCAACGUUUCGGAUCCCAGGAACCGGCCCGUCUCGAAGACCAUACCUUGGUCGAUUUGGAUUUGGGUGAAGAUGACACGCCCCUUGGUCACGACUUCAGCAUUGAAGUUGGUCGAGAUGCGCCUGCGCCACGCCCCGUGGAAGAAGAUCUGUUCAGCGAGGAAGGAAAGCUCCAGGAUGUCGACCUCCCGCUAGACCUGGGAGAGGAUGAUGCUCCGCUGGACAAGAUGGAUGUUGCAGAGGACAGUCAUGACAAUUUGGACCGAUUCGUUCAGCCUGACGACCAGAUGGAUCUGAGCCGUGACGGCGAGGUCGCCGUCUCUGCUCCUGAAGAGCAUGCCGAGUCAAGGCCGGAGGAGACCCGCUCCCAGCGGGAGUCUCCAGAUCGCUUUGCUUCUCCCCGCGCCAGUGCUGAACCCGGAGAGGAGGUCAAUGCUGCGCAAGAGGGAGAUGUGGCUGUUCAAGAGAAACAACGGAUCAAGCGGCGUAAGGUCGUUGAAAGUGACGAAUAUACCGUUUUCACCAACGAGGUCGUCAAAAAACAACAAGAGGACCGGUCGGAGAUCCUCAAGCCUACUUCAUUCUUGCCUCGGGAUCCUGUGCUGUUGACUCUGAUGAACAUGCAGAAGAAUGGGGACUUUGUGUCUAGCGUUCUGGGAGAGAGUCGUGGGCGUGGCUGGGCUCCCGAACUCCGAGGCAUGUUGUCGAUCGAUAAUGUCCGGAAGUCUGGGGAGCUCAAGAGGAAGCGGGACAGCGGCGUGUCCGACCUAGACAUCGAAGCCGCCAAUGCCCCUGCGUUGGAGUUGGGCGAGGAUGAUGGCGCCGUCCAUGUGGACGAAGGCAUUGGUCUUGACACCACGCUGCAGCAAAGCCAGAUAGAACUGGAAGCCGAUGAGGGUGACCGACACGCCAGUGAGGAUGAGGGGUCAGGUGCGCUGCCGGAGGAGCACGAUGACACGGUGAUCCACCCUGCAGACAGUGGCCCAGUCUCCCUUGCUACCAAGCAUGCUGUCCACCUGCUCCGGGACCGCUUUGGAGGAGCGGCGGCUGCUGAAGCCCCAUCGCCACAGAAGAAGAGCGUGCUGUUCCAGAGUCUGUGUCCGGAGAAGGAAACGAGCAAGGCCGAUGCCACCAAGAUGUUCUUCGAAACGCUCGUGUUGGCGACCAAGGACGCGAUCAAGGUGGAGCAAAACAACGAUGUCAUCGGAGGUCCUCUCCGCAUCAAGGCCAAGCGCGGCCUUUGGGGAUCCUGGGCAGAGACGGAGGCCGGCGGCGAGAUUGCCAACCAGCCUACCGAGGCUGUGGCGUGA